CGCAGGGCGGACCACUGGAGAGUGAUGAGUUGUGUAUUACUUGACUGGCCAGCGGAAGCAUGAUGCUGACGGGGGUUGAGCGCGUUUCAGUAUGGUCACAUGUCAGUAGGAAAAUCCCACCCACUCAUCUCUCACUCUCUCUCUCUUUUGAAAAAAAAAAAAAAAAGAGGUUUUGAAUUCAUCCUCUGUGGCUGCACAGGAGUUGAGUGAACAUCAUGCAGAGCUCAGAGCAAAAAUGAGAUUUGUUUUUGUGGGAGGAGGAGGUGGUGAGGUAGGGGGUUGGUGACAGAGAGAGGGAGAGAGAAACAGACCGAGAGGUAGAGAGAGAGACAAACAGACCGAGAAAGAGAGAGAGAGGGUGAGAGAAAGGUGCUUGUGUGUUUCUUUCACCUCCUAAUCAGUUUUCCUUUGGGGAUCCAUCAUCGACUGCUGCAGAGGAGAAGGCAGUGGAGCAGAAAGAGAAGGUAGAUACAAUCCAACACGGCGAAAAUCUCAUACAAAUGGCAGAAAUGGAAGCCCCCCUCUCAACCCCGUGCAACAUCCAGAUUUGCGAGGUGACCUGCGACUCUUUCCGCAUCGUGUGGGACAUGCCCCCUGAGGACACUGCCCGCGCCACACACUUCUUCAUCGACCUGAGCCGCAAAGAGAGCAAGGACCCCAACCGCUUCAAACACAGGGAUGUGCCAACCAAGCUGGUGGCCAAGGCUGUGCCUCUCCCCAUGGCAGUGAGGGGACACUGGUUCCUCAGCCCGCGGACGGAGUACUGCGUUGCCGUUCAAACCGCUGUCAGACAGCCAGAUGGUGACUACCUGGUGUCAGAGUGGAGCCAGGUGGUGGAGUUCUGCACCGGGGACUAUGCCAUGGAACACCUCCAGCAGCUUCUUGACAAGGCAAAGGGCUCCGCAGGGAGGCUGCUGAAAUUCUCAGUGUUUUAUCGCAACCAGCACCCAGACUACUUUGACCGCGUCAGGAAGGAAUGCGGAGGACUGAUGCGUCCAGCCCUGAAAGACAACAGUGGGAGUCAUGGUUCUCCUAUCAAUGCCAAGCUGCAGGGAGUCUUCUUCAGCUGCAACACAGAGUUCGACACAGGCCUCCCUCCCAAAGACUCCCCGUACGGCCCGCUGCGUUUCCAGAUCGCAGCCGCACACCUGCUGAACCCCAACAUCUGCCUGUACUUUGCAGACUUCUACUGUAUGUACACAGCCUACCACUAUGUGGUGCUGGUGCUGGCCCCUGCUGGCUCCGAGGGGGACGCCUUCUGUCGCACACGCCUCCCUAUGCUGGACUUGGCUUCCAACCCCUUCUUGACAUACACUGCCCCCGAGAGGCAGGGGGAGGAGCCGCUGUGCUGCCAUGCCAGUGAUGUCAUCCUCGAAGUGCUUUUCACAGAGCCGGUUCUUUUGGAUCAGGGCAGCGUGGAGCAGAUCAGCGGGCACCACCAGCUCAUGAGUCUGACCACAGCCAAUGCCAAGAAAGACCCAAGCUGCAAAGUGUGCAACAUUAGUGUGGGACGCUGAUGUAAGACAGAGCUGGGAGUGUGUGAGCCUACAAUGCUGAAAGACAAAACUGUUGAGUUGAUUGUAGGUCAGAUCACAGGGGAAACAGCCCACCUCUGCAAGAGUGUGCACGCUGCUUUCCUUCCUCCCUGCCUGGACUAGAGUGUAUUAGACUUGCGGUCAUGAUCACAGCAGGAAAAACAGUGAACUUACAUCCACGACUGCCGAACCAAACAUAAGUGAAAACACGGCCGGCUUCAGAAUAAUGGAGAGAAUCUAUGACCCUUGUUUGUUGAGAGUCAUCAUUGCUCUCUGGUGUUUUUGUGGCAUUUCCUUGAAUUCUUUUCAAACCUUUUAAAUUUUUCUUUUCCUUUAGAUGUGUUUAAUUGUUUUCUGUUGCUGGACUGCUAGUUUGAUGAGAUUUUUCUUACAGAUAUUUGUGUUUGAUGCAACCUGGAGGUGACCCUUUUAGUUACUGACAUAACCAAUAUUUUGCUAUUUCUGCUUCUUGUGAUGCUCAGUGGAGUAAAUGCCAUAUGUUGUC